UAUUACCUGCCCUUUAUUUAUGUACUGUACAUGCAUGUUUGAAACAAAUAAGUAGACCUGACUGAAAAAGGACCACCUUCUGUAUAAAAAACCAAUAACUCUUUCUGGUUACUCACCUGUGGCUGAGCAAUUUUGUGUUGCUUUAGUCAAGACAGCAGUUUCCUUGUUUAAAGAACUCGUUUCCGGCAGACACCUUCCCCACCCUAACUGGAAAUAUCAGGGAGCUAAUCUGAGUUUGGUUUUGGUUUUGGCAUGAAAGCAUAUGCUCUGCCACUGACAUACAGCCUGUCCCAGUUUCUAAGUAUGAUUAGAAGAUCUGGAGUACUACAUGUGUUCGUUUCUCUUUCCUUCUUAUCUCGUGUCCAAAUUUCCUCCUUUCACUCCAUUCACCACUUCCCCUUACAUUUCAGGCUCCAAUACUUUUUCUUUUAGACAUCUGUCCAAUACUGGACUGAUUUUGAAGACUGUGCUGAUUUUAAUUGACUGUUCCCUUAGCUUUUAUUUUAGUGAUAUUAUACCCAUGAUUGAUUAUUGUUUGGUGGUUUUUGAUCUUCUUUGUUGUAAAUUUCUAUUAGGUUUUUUUUUGUAUGGCAGCAUUGCUGUAUGAUGUUUUCUUCAGCUGCUUUGAAUAUAAGUGCUUUAAAUAAAUUAUGACACUAACCAUGAUUAAUUUCAAAUCAGAGUUUGCAAACUUUUAGCAGAAGAUUGAAACUAAUUAUGUUGGCUUCAUGCCUGUCAGACAUACUGCAUCCUGGUUAGCUGUAAAAAGGGAGAGGGGUGAGAUGCUGGGUUCAGUAAAACAGCAUUUUAUAAAGAUGGUUACUGAAAAUGGAACUUGUAGAUGACUAAAUAAUGGAAUUCAGUGAUUUGAAUAUUUGUUAAGAUAGUUGCUAAACAGCCAACUUGGCUUGGAAAACACUAAGAGAAUUAAGAUUCCCUAUGUUACUUGUAUUAGAUCUCCCUUACCACACAUCCCAGGAUACAACAACAACAUGAUUUGUGUGAUUAACUGGGCUGGAAAAUUAUUUCUUGUUUCUUGCUACCAGCCUUAAUUUUUAGGUGUCGACUGUGGAUGGGUAUGUAUGAAAAGGCCUACCUUUUUCUGUGUGUUUAGUAGCAGAUUCUUAGUCUGCUGUGACUCCCCUCCUCCCUUAUUUAAGCUGGUAAGAUGGUCUUUGUCAAAUUGUGUUUCUCAAAUUCCGUUAUCUAAAAACUUUUUAAAGGGGUAUGUGGGUCUCUCCCUCAACACAGAAAUGCAUACACACAAUAUAUUUUCUAUGUUUGAUCCCCCCCCAGGAUUUAGCUUGAAAAAUGACUUUAAUGCAGCUGAUAGGUUUUUUAAUAAAUAUUUUCUCUUGCUUUUUCUUUAUUGUUUGGUUAAUUAGCAAAUUUUGUAUGUUUGAUUACUCCCCCCCACCAAGUCAAUUCAGAGUUUCCCUCCCAACUCCCUUUUGCUUUUUCGUGGUUUUUUAAUCAUUGUGUUCAGCUUAGUUCUGCUGCUUGCUAUUUUCAGUAGAUUCUUUCCUAACAUAUGAAGGCAUGUUUGCUUGACAGAUGUCUUGGUGGGGGAGGGGAGCAGGAGAAAGCUGAGAAGGCUUACUCUGAACUGUAAUUGAUUAAUUUAUAUAAAUGUGUUUUUAUCACUAUGUAAUGUCAUAUACAAUAUAAGUGUAACUCACAUUUAAUAAAAACAUAAGAAGAACCAUUCUGGAUCAGACAAAAGGCCCGUCCUGUUCUGACAGCUGCCAACUAGAUUCCUGUAGGAAGCCUGUAAGCAGGAUCUGAGUGCAAAAGCACUCUUCCUACUUGUGAUUCCCAGCAACUGGCAAUAAUCCAGGGAUGCCAACAGGAUUUCCUGGACCUGGUAUGUUGUAUAUGGAUUAGGGUCCCUGUCUCACAAUCUAGUGGCAAGAACUGCUGCAUAUGUACAUAUACUGUAUUUACUCAGCCUAGCCUAUUUCACAGGGCUGUUGCAAAUAUAAAAAGUUUGGGAGGGGAGGGAAAUGUACAAGUUGCUGGUUAAGAAAGCAAGAUGCAAAUACAUGUCAAACAGCACAUAGUUAAACUGUGCAAAACAGCACGAAAUUAAACUGUGUAAAACACUCACAUAGGAGGCAGUGAGUGUUUUACACAGGCAAUUUGCCUGGCUUUCAAUGUGAAUUAAACAAAUUCAUGGAGGAUAAGGCUGUGCUCUGGCUCCACAGUUGUUUGAAUACAGUUUGCUGUAUUCCCAUGUCAUUGCACUUGCAGGCACUUCAUAGAAAAGUGGUUGGCCACUGUGAGAAGAGGAUGCUGGGCUAGAUGCGUCAUUUUCCAGCAGGGCUUUUCUUAAAUUCUUAGGUAAUGCCAUUCAAAGAUAAUGUAAAGGAAGCCAGAAUAGAAUCUUCCUUGCUUUAACUGCAAUGUUUCAUAGGCCCAAUGUUUACAAGAUGGGUGGGGUAUAAAUAUUAAAUUUUUAUUAUUAUAAUUACCCAAAUGGGAAAAAAUAUUUUGCCAACUCUUAUAUAUGAUAACCGGCCAAAAAUACUUUUAAGUAUGUGGAUAUCUGAACUACCAACUCUCAGCCCGGCCUACGUCACAGGGUUGUUGUGAAUAUAAAAAAGGGGGGAAGGGGCAGAGACAGUGAUCACAGCCUUGAGCUCCUGGGAAGAAAACCAAGAUACAUAUACAGUCAACUUGCAUCUUGUGCAUAUUUAACUUGUGCAAUUUCAGCUUUACAUGCUCCAGGGCCGGCCAACUGAAAUUGCACAAGCAUGUGCAAAGUAGAGAGCUUAAAAGCUCUUUCCACACUGAGUUUUCUUGGCGCAGAAAGAGCUUUUGACUUCUCAGACUUGCUUACCGAGCUCUGGGAGUCUCUUGCAAGAUCUUAGCAAUGGUGCUGCCUGCCGAGUGCUGAAGCAUUGGAGCUGCCUACACAUUUUGUGCUCUGACUACCUUCAGAAUUGUCUAGUUGACUCUGUUUUAAAGCACUUGUAUCCCCCUGUUAGCCUUGCUGCCCCUGUAGCAGAAGGAUAACAUAUCAAUGACUACUGGCCACAAUGGCCAGCUUUAUCCUUCAUGAAUUCAUCUAAUCCUUCACUAAAACCAUCCAAGUUGGUAGCCAUUACUACAUCAUGUGGAAGUGAAUUCCAUAAUUUAACUAUGUGAAUAAGUACUUCCUUAGUCUCUCCUAAAUCUUUCAACUUUAUCAUGGAGGGAGAGAGAGAAAAAGAUUGAACAUACUGGAUUAGAUUAUUUUGUGUCCCAGUUUAUUCUCUAAUAGCCCCAUGUUCAAUUUAAUUAUUGCCAUUAGCUUCAGCCAUAGAACCGCACAGUCUAAUACAGCACUGAACGUCUUGAAAUGCACAUGGCCAUACAAUGUUUGUAGGCGGUAGGGCUCUAACCUUUUUUAUAGUGGGGCCUUUAAAAAUUCCUUUAAAACUGUUCUAUGGGGUUUUCUUCAUAAGGGAUGUAUAAAUGAAUCUUCAGACAGUAAAAAAAAACUGUAUAAAGGUGUAGUUCCAGUUCUGUCUGCAGUUCUUUGUGCAUUUGAGUCACUUUUAAAAAUAAAAUUUCACUACCUUUAAGUUAAGAAGAUAUUUAAAAAAAAUCUGGGUUUUAUUUUUUAUAUAUUGGUUUGCUUUUUUAAUAGGAAAAAGCACUGUUACGUUGUCCAAUUUUAUUCAUUGAGUUGCAGAAUGAUUAGUCUGGGGACAAACCACUUGUCUAAAUUUCUUUCACGUUAAGAUGGAUGCUCUGGCAUGUGUCAUGCUAUAAUUAAAUUGUGAAAAGCUUCCAAAUAGUACAAAACGGGCUUACUAUGUGUAUUUGGGGCUAUCCACCCAGAAGGUGUUUCUAUUUGAUUGUGAAGCGUAAGUAAUAUUUUAACUGUUCCAGUCAUAGCCUCCAGUAAGUGCAUAGAUCAUGUGACAUUGCAGAGGAGACAGUUGUUUGCUCCAAUUCUGUUACAUUUCUGAUAGUGAUGUGAGCACAGCUGGUGGAGGAUGGUGUUUUGUAUCUCACAGCAAAUCCUUUGUCUUCUAGAGCUAUAAUCCUCAGAGGACAUGCUUCACUUUCAUCCUGCAAUUUUGCUAAGGCGGUGGUCUCGGCUGCUAAUUAUUGAGGCUAGAGGUUAUGAAAAAUAAAGCAUAGUUCGGUGGUUCGUGAAGCUACAGCAUUGACGUAUUCACAGUUUUAAGCUUAAAGUGGAAGCGUACUCCAUUUCUGUGUGUAAUGUCGCAAACUCUUACAUUGACAGAGGGCACCUCCAAGCAAGCACGAUGCUGGCUCGCAUGAAGCUGAGAGGCAAAAUGAAGGUCAAGGAGCAGCAGAAAUCAGCGUGGCAACUGCUGGCAGUAGUCAGGGUUCAGCUGCUCGUAUGGACCAUGAGACAUCAAGUGUUAUGAGUUCUAGCAGCAGUUACUCUGUUCCUCGAAGACUGACAAAUCACCUAGGUACAAAGGUUGAAAUGGUGUAUUCAUUGCUGUCCAUGUUGGGUACUCAUGAUAAAGAUGACAUGUCACGAACUUUGCUAGCUAUGUCUAGCUCCCAGGACAGCUGCAUAGCUAUGCGCCAGUCUGGAUGUCUUCCGCUCCUCAUUCAACUUCUGCAUGGCAACGAUAAAGACUCUGUGUUGUUAGGAAACUCCCGGGGUAGUAAGGAGGCCCGUGCCAGAGCCAGUGCAGCACUGCAUAAUAUCAUUCACUCGCAGCCUGACGAUAAGCGAGGCAGGCGAGAAAUCCGAGUCCUUCAUCUUCUAGAACAAAUCCGAGCUUACUGUGAAACAUGUUGGGAAUGGCAGGAAGCGCACGACCAAGGCAUGGACCAGGACAAAAAUCCAAUGCCGGCUCCAGUUGACCAUCAGAUCUGUCCUGCAGUAUGCGUUCUCAUGAAGCUUUCAUUUGAUGAAGAGCACCGUCAUGCGAUGAAUGAACUUGGGGGAUUGCAGGCCAUUGCAGAAUUGCUUCAAGUAGACUGUGAAAUGUAUGGGCUUACUAAUGACCACUACAGUGUCACAUUAAGACGAUAUGCUGGAAUGGCUCUGACAAACCUAACUUUUGGAGAUGUAGCAAAUAAAGCUACAUUGUGUUCUAUGAAAGGUUGCAUGAGAGCCCUUGUUGCCCAGUUAAAAUCUGAAAGUGAAGAUUUGCAGCAGGUCAUUGCAAGCGUAUUGAGAAAUUUGUCUUGGCGAGCAGAUGUGAACAGUAAGAAGACACUUCGUGAAGUUGGAAGUGUGAAAGCAUUGAUGGAGUGUGCUUUGGAAGUUAAAAAGGAAUCUACCCUAAAAAGUGUAUUGAGUGCUUUAUGGAAUCUGUCAGCCCACUGCACUGAGAAUAAAGCUGAUAUAUGUGCUGUGGAUGGUGCUCUUGCCUUUUUAGUUGGCACACUGACGUACCGGAGUCAAACAAAUACUUUAGCUAUCAUUGAAAGUGGAGGGGGAAUACUGCGUAAUGUCUCCAGCUUGAUUGCUACGAAUGAGGACCACAGGCAAAUUCUAAGAGAGAACAGCUGUUUGCAAACCUUGCUGCAUCACUUGAAGUCCCAUAGUUUGACAAUAGUUAGUAAUGCGUGUGGAACCUUGUGGAACCUCUCUGCACGGAAUUCAAAGGACCAGGAAGCAUUGUGGGACAUGGGAGCCGUUAGCAUGCUCAAAAAUCUCAUACAUUCAAAGCACAAGAUGAUAGCCAUGGGCAGUGCUGCAGCUCUAAGGAACCUAAUGGCAAACAGGCCUGCGAAAUAUAAAGAUGCUAACAUCAUGUCUCCGGGUUCAAGCUUACCAUCUCUUCAUGUUAGAAAGCAAAAAGCACUGGAAGCAGAGUUAGAUGCUCAACAUUUAUCUGAGACCUUUGACAAUAUUGAUAACUUAAGUCCCAAAACAUCUCAUCGUAAUAAGCAAAGGCACAAACAGAAUCUGUACAGUGAAUAUGUUCUAGAUGCUAAUCGACAUGAAGAUGGAGUUUGCAGGUCCGAGAAUUUUAAUAGUGGCAAUGUAACCGUACUUCCACCAUAUUUAAACACUACUGUACUGCCUGGCUCUUCUUCCUCAAGCAGAGGAAAUACAGAGAGUUCUCGGUCUGACAAGGACAGGAGCUUGGAUAGAGAGCGCGCAAUGGGAUUAAGCAGCUAUCAUUCAGCUACAGAAAAUUCUGGGAGCUCCUCUAAACGAAUGGGAAUGCAGAUCUCUACUGCUGCAGCCCAAAUUUCCAAAGUGAUGGAAGAAGUAAAUAUGCAUAUUCCACAAGAAGAGAGAAGCAAUGGAUCUGUAACUGAAAUGCACUGUUUGCCAGAAGAUAGGAAUGCAUUAAGAAGAACAGCCGCUGCCCAUUCUCACACAAAUGCCUACAACUUUCCUAAAUCUGAGAACAGGACAUGUCCUGUGCCUUAUGCAAAAGUGGAGUAUAAGAGAGCUUCUAAUGAUAGCUUAAAUAGUGUCAGUAGCAGUGAUGGGUAUGGUAAAAGAGGACAGAUGAAACCUAUUGAAUCUUACUCUGAAGAUGAAGAGAGUAAAUUUUGCAGUUAUGGACAGUACCCUGCUGAUUUAGCCCAUAAAAUACACAGUGCUAACCAUAUGGAUGACAAUGAUGGAGAGCUAGAUACUCCAAUAAACUAUAGCCUAAAAUAUUCUGAUGAGCAAUUGAAUUCUGGAAGGCAAAGCCCAUCACAAAAUGAAAGAUGGGCAAGACCUAAGCACAUAAUUGAAGAGGAAAUAAAGCAGAAUGAACAAAGACAGUCCAGAAGCCAAAGUGGAGCAUACCCUGUAUACACUGAGAGUAGUGAUAAUAAACACAUGAAUUAUCAGUCAGCUUUUGGACAGACAGAGUGUGUAUCUCCUUUCAGAUCAAGGGAAUCCAAUAGUUCAGAACAGAACAGAGUUACCUGCAGUCACGGAAUAAAUCCAAAAGCAAACCAGUCCAUAUGUCCAGUUGAUGAUUAUGAGGAUGAUAAGCCAACUAACUAUAGUGAACGCUACUCUGAGGAGGAACAGCAUGAGGAAGAAGAUCAUCCAACUAAUUAUAGCAUAAAAUACAAUGAAGAAGAGCACCAUGUAGAUCAGCCUAUUGAUUACAGUCUCAAGUAUUCAACAGAUGUCCCUCCUUCUGCACAGAAGCCAUCUUUUUCUUUUUCAAAGAGCCCAUCAGUACAGAGUACUAAAACGGAUCAUAUUUCAUCAAGUAGUGGGAAUACAUCAACCUCGGCCGGCUCAAAGAGACACAACCAGCUUCAUCCAAAUUCUGCUCAAAGUAGAGCUGGUCACACUCAGAAGUCUGCGUCCUGCAAAGCACCCUCCAUCAACCAGGAAACAAUACAGACCUAUUGUGUAGAAGAUACACCAAUAUGUUUUUCGAGAUGUAGCUCUCUGUCAUCUUUGUCAUCAGCUGAAGAUGAAACAGGACGUGAACAAUCCACACGGGCAGGAGAUACGGAUAACUCUCUGAAGAUAGCGGGGAUGAAAGAAAAUAGCAGGAGUCUGUCUGCAGCAGGUACGGUAAAUGAAACCUCUUCAGCCUCGCAACACAUUAGAACAAAAUCAAAUAGACUUCAGGCUUCUAGUCUAUCUCCUUCUGAUUCAGCAAGACACAAAGCUGUAGAAUUUUCCUCGGGUGCCAAAUCUCCUUCAAAAAGUGGUGCGCAGACUCCUAAGAGCCCACCAGAACAUUAUGUGCAGGAGACUCCACUUAUGUUUAGUAGGUGUACCUCUGUCAGUUCCCUGGAUAGUUUUGAGAGCCGUUCGAUUGCUAGCUCUGUUCAAAGCGAGCCUUGUAGUGGGAUGGUAAGUGGUAUUAUAAGCCCAAGUGACCUUCCAGACAGUCCUGGGCAAACAAUGCCACCAAGCAGAAGUAAAACCCCACCCCCUCCACAAGCAACCCAAGUAAAGAGAGAAACAGUCAAAACAAAAAUACCCACCACUGAAAAGAGAGAGUCUGGGUUAAGGCAAACAGCUGUAAAUACAGCUGUUCAAAGAGUACAGGUAUUGCAAGAUGCAGACACUUUGUUACAUUUUGCUACAGAAAGUACACCAGAUGGAUUUUCUUGCUCAUCAAGCCUAAGUGCUUUGAGUCUUGAUGAACCAUUUAUACAGAAAGAUGUAGAGUUGAGAAUAAUGCCUCCUGUACAUGAAAACGACCAUGGGAAUGAAUCGGAACUUGAACAGCCAAAUGACACAAAGGAUAAUCAAGAGAAGAAGACAGAGAAGCCCACGGAGACGGAAAAGGAUAUCCUGGAUGAUUCAGAUGAAGAUGAUAUCGAAAUAUUGGAGGAAUGUAUUAUUUCUGCUAUGCCAACAAAAUCUUCACGUAAAACCAAAAAGCCUUCACAGACAACUGCUUCAAAAAUACCUCCACCUGUAGCCAGGAAGCCAAGCCAGUUGCCUGUGUAUAAAAUUCUCCCUUCUCAAAGCAGAUUGCAUUCUCAAAAGCAUGUUAGUUUUACACCUGGAGAUGAUAUGCCACGCGUGUAUUGUGUUGAGGGAACGCCAAUAAAUUUCUCAACGGCUACAUCACUGAGUGAUCUCACAAUAGAAUCACCACCCAAUGAAUUGGCUAAUGCAGAGACAACUGGUACAUCGAUGGAACCUGCAGAAUUUGAAGAGAGAGAUACCAUUCCCACAGAAGGCAGAAAUACUGAUGAUGCUCAGAGAGGGGAAAAGUCAACUGGGACUACUAUUGCAUUGGAUGAUGACAAAGCAGAAGAAGGUGAUGAUAUUCUUGCAGAAUGCAUUAAUUCUGCUAUGCCAAAAGGGAAAAGUCACAAACCUUUCAGAGUGAAAAAGAUAAUGGAUCAAAUCCAGCAAGCAUCUACAUCCUCACCAGUAGGUGCCAAAAAUCAGCUAGAAGUUGAGAAAAAGAAACCAACUUCACCAGUGAAACCCAUACCCCAAAGUAAUGAGUAUAGAGCACGCCUACGAAAAACCACAGAGCCAAAAAGUAAUUUUAGUAGUGAAAGAACCUAUGCAGACAACAAAGAGACAAAGAAACAAAACCUUAAAAAUAGCUCAAGGGACUUCAAUGAAAAACUUCCAAAUAAUGAAGAGCGUGCAAGAGGAAGCUUUGCAUUUGAUUCCCCCCAUCAUUACACUCCAAUUGAAGGAACUCCUUUUUGUUUUUCACGAAAUGACUCUUUGAGUUCUCUAGACUUUGACGACGAUGUGGAUCUUUCAAGGGAAAAGGCAGAACUGAGAAAGGGGAAAGAAAGGGAAAUUAAACCUAGUACCAAUGCAGAACAUCAGUCUGCAUCAAGCAGUAGAAUGCAAGCUUGCCAAAAACAUACUCCAACAGGAAGAAAGCAACCCAAAACUCUGGUGCAGAAGCAAACUCCAUUCUCUCAGUCAUCCAAAGAUAUUUCAGAAAGGGCUGCAGCUUCCGAUGAGAAAACACAAAAUUUUGCAAUAGAAAAUACUCCUGUUUGUUUCUCUCGCAAUUCAUCUCUGAGUUCUCUCAGUGAUAUUGAUCAAGAAAACAACAAUAACAAAGAAAGUGAACCCAGAGAACAAAUGGAACCAUCUGAUGCACAGAUAGAACCAAGUAGACCACAAGUUUCUGGCUACGCUCCUAAAUCAUUUCAUGUUGAAGAUACUCCUGUGUGUUUUUCAAGAAACAGUUCCCUCAGUUCCCUUAGUAUUGACUCAGAAGAUGAUCUCCUACAGGAGUGCAUCAGUUCUGCCAUGCCUAAAAAGAAAAAACCUUCUAGAACAAAAUCAGACAGUGAAAAAAAUAGUUCUAGAAAUAUGGGAGGCAUUUUGGCAGAAGGCCUGACACUAGAUUUGAAGGAUAUACAAAGGCCCGAUUCAGAACAUGGUUUCUCACCAGAUUCAGAAAAUUUUGACUGGAAAGCUAUUCAAGAAGGUGCAAAUUCUAUUGUUAGCAGCUUACAUCAAGCUGCAGCAGCCUCACUGUCUAGACAAGCCUCAUCAGACUCUGAUUCAAUCCUUUCAUUAAAAUCUGGAAUUUCCUUAGGAUCACCCUUUCAUCUUACACCUGACCAAGAAGAAAAAGCUUUUACUAGUAAUAAGGGUCCAAGAAUUAUUAAACCAGGGGAGAAGAGUACAUUGGAAACGAAGAAAGUAGAAUCUGAAAAUAAAGGUAUCAAAGGAGGAAAGAAAGUGUAUAAAAGUAUGAUCACAGGUAAAGCUCGUUCUAAUUCAGAACUUACAAGUCAUUUGAAACAGCCUUUGCAAACCAAUAUGCCCUCAAUCUCCCGAGGUAGGACAAUGAUUCAUAUUCCUGGAGUUCGAAAUAGCUCCUCAAGUACAAGUCCAGUUUCUAAAAAAGGGCCUCAGCUAAAGAGUGCAACCUCCAAAAGUCCUAAUGAUAACCAGACUUCUACUAGUUCUCCCAGAGUAGCCAAACCAUCUGUGAAACCUGAGCCAAGUCCUAUAUCCAGACAGCCAUCUCAACAGGGUGGAUCAAGUAAAGGACCUUCUAGAUCAGGAUCUAGAGAUUCCACACCUUCUAGGCCACAACAGCAACCCUUAACCAGACCUCUGCAGUCUCCUGGCCGAAAUUCAAUUUCACCCGGCAGAAAUGGCAUAAGUCCCCCUAAUAAACUCUCCCAGCUGCCACGAACAUCUUCUCCGAGUACGACUUCCACUAAGUCUUCUGGUUCAGGAAGAAUGGCAUACACCUCGCCAGGCAGACAGAUGAGCCAGCAAACUGUGGGAAAACAAACUGUGUUGCCCAAAAGUACCAGUGGUAUUCCCAGAAGUGAAUCUGCCUCAAAAGGAUUAAACCAAAUUUCUGGUAUCAGCGGAUCAAACAAGAAGUCUGAUGUAUCUAGAAUGUCAUCGGCCAAAUCCAGUGGGAGUGAAUCUGAUAGAUCCGAGAGACCUGUUUUGGUCCGCCAGUCAACUUUUAUUAAAGAAACUCCAAGUCCCACUUUAAGAAGGAAAUUGGAAGAGUCUGCCUCAUUUGAAUCUUUGUCACCUUCCAGACCAGACUCUCCUACACAGUCCCAAACACAGACUCCAGUUUUAAGCCCAUCCCUUCCUGAUAUGUCUUUAUCUACUCAUUCAGCCAUCCAAGCUGGUGGUUGGCGAAAGUUACCUCCUAGCCUGAGCCCUUCUUUGGAAUACAGUGAUGGGAGACCAACAAAACGGCAUGACAUAACUCGGUCUCACUCAGAGAGUCCUUCCAGACUGCCAAUUAACCGAUCGGGGACUUGGAAGCGCGAACAUAGUAAACAUUCCUCAUCACUUCCUCGUGUGAGCACCUGGCGUAGGACUGGAAGUUCUUCCUCAAUUCUUUCAGCUUCUUCAGAAUCCAGUGAGAAGGCAAAGAGUGAGGAUGAAAAGCAACAUAUAAGUUCUUUUUCUGGACUCAAGGAGUCUAAAGAGAAUCAAGCGCCAACAAAAGGUACUUGGCGGAAGAUUAAAGAGAACGAAAUUCCUCAGAUAAUGACAAGUCCUCCUGAGAAUUCCUCAUCUGGUGCUACCAAUGGUUCCGAUUCAAAAACUCUCAUUUACCAGAUGGCACCUGCCGUCUCAAAGACAGAAGAUGUUUGGGUGAGGAUUGAGGACUGCCCUAUUAAUAAUCCUAGAUCUGGAAAAUCUCCCACAGGGAACACACCCCCUGUUAUUGACAGUGUUUCGGAGAAAGGGAAUGUGAAUAGCAAAGAUCUUAACGGAAAACAAAAUGCAGGGAAUGGGAAUGUCCCUGUUCGUACUAUGGGUUUAGAAAACCGCCUGAAUUCAUAUAUUCAAGUAGAUAGUCCAGACAAGAAAGGAACUGAAACGAAACCUUUGCUAGGCAACCCUGCCCCUGCCCCAGAGACUAGUGAAAACACUGUUAAUGAACGUACGCCAUUCAGUUCCAGCAGCUCAAGCAAACACAGUUCGCCCAGUGGUGCUGUUGCAGCAAGAGUGACUCCUUUCAACUACAAUCCAAGCCCCAGAAAAAGCAGCAUAGAUAAUAGUUCCAGUUCCAGUUCCACUCGGCCAUCUCAGAUACCAACACCAGUGAAUAACAGCACAAAAAAACGAGAUUCAAAGACUGAAGGUACAGAUUCAAGUGGUGCCCAAAGUCCUAAGCGUCAUUCUGGAUCCUACCUGGUAACUUCUGUUUAACAAAGAAUUUUCAUGUGUUAAUGCUAUAUGUGGAACUUUUUAAUAAAACUAUACAAAGUUGGGGUUUUUCUUUUGUAAAUAGCUUUGAUUCUUGUAGAGGGUCCUUGUUCUGGAAGCCAUAUUUGAUAUUCUUUGUCUUCACUAAUAAUAUUUGAGGGAGUCCCAAUUUAUUAUUUAGCAAUAAAAUUGCUAAAGCGAUUAUAUUUGUACAGUACGUUUUACAUAUAUUUAAUUAACAUCCCAUACCUUUAAUUGUCUAGGUGGGGUGGGGUGGGGGUAUUCAGGAAAGAUGAACAGAGAUUAAAAGAGAGAAAUCUAUUGCUAUAUCACUCAUUUCUAGAUUUGCAAAAUGACUAAACUACAUCAGGGAGAAAUUGGUAUUUAUGCAAAAAAAAAAAGUAUUUGUGAAGCCACUUAACCUUAUAAUUAAUCAUGUGGCUGUGAAAUUCACAGUAA